AUGCAAGCCGAAGCGCGUUCCAGGGCACUGAUUAUAGGUGCCGGGAUCUCGGGGCUCGCCGCCGCAUGGUGGUUGGAAAAGGCCGGAUGGGCUUGCACCAUUGUUGAAAAGUCGCCGUCGAUGCGCGAGGGAGGCUACAUUGUCAGUAUCUCCGGCUCGGGUCUGGAAACAGUCAAAAGGAUGGGCCUAUACGAGAAGCUGGACGAGAUCUCGUACAAUUUUGAUGAGAAUGUGGUCAAGGAUAAUGGUGGCCGCGAGCUUCUACGUCUUCGCUACAAAGAUGUACACGGCGGUGUCGAUGCCUUGGCCGUAUGCCGCGACGACCUUGCCCGCGUCCUAGCCAACGCUAUAUCUGAAUCUGUCGCCUUUCGCUUCGGUGACACGGUAGUCAAAAUUGAGGACGACGGUACCAAGGCUCAAGCUACCCUCAGCACCGGCGAGACCCUCGAAGCAGAUCUACUCAUAGGGGCCGAUGGUAUUCGAUCCUCUACUCGAAAUUACCUCUGCGAAGGCAACAAAUGUCUGGAGGAUCUGGGCUAUACCUACGCUGUCUAUGAUAUUGAGGGACAGCCAGGCCUUGACUCUGAUUGCGUCUCGUUUAAUAGCCCGGGGCAUCUUGAUGUGCUGUACACUUUGAGAAAUAAUCGUGUUGCCGCGCUUCAUAUUUGGCGGGAUGACCAAACACGAUUACAAGAUAAGCAAAGCCAGUUCGACAAAAUUCGUCACAUUACGUCCGGCAGCACGAAACUAGUCACAGAUGUGAUUAGCCUCGCUGAGAGAAACGGCUCUACGCCCGUCGUCGACCGCUUAACGAUGGUGUCCUUGCCAAACUGGCACAAAGGCCGGGUGCUAUUGCUAGGUGAUGCCGCACACUGUCUCACGUUGAUGUCUGGACAGGGGGCCGGGAUGGCUCUCGCCUCCGCAGAGAUCCUGGGCAAGGAGCUGAUGUCUACCAACAUUGUUGCUACUGCGCUGUCCCAGCAUGAAAGGAAGCUAAGGCCAAUAAUCGAACGCCUUCAACAACGAAGCCGGAAGAUGGCGGCCAUGUACAUCCCGAAAAACACCUUCAUGUACCAUCUACGAAAUUUCUUCCUGCGGUUUAUGCCGUAUUCAUGGAUUGUCUCUUGGCAUGCAAGUAGCGCCAAGUCCGAGAUUGAUUCGACACUCAGCUAG